AUGUCGCAACCUCAACCGGCUCCAGGUCCUCGCGAUGAAGAUCCACCGACAUUGACCUUACCUCCCCGCCGCAGUCACACCUUUCCAGAGCAGCCGCAUCAACAACAUCAAACCUUCGAUGGUUCAUCCCAACCACAACGGGCGCCGUCGUGGCCCCGGGAACCACCUCAGCCAACCUACCCCCCAUCAUCCGGAUACAACCCUUAUAUGAUGCCAUAUUCGGUCCCGUACUAUCCCAUUCCUCAGCCUCCGGUUGCCUAUCCUCCAGCAUCUGUCCCUCCCGGACCAACGCGCGCAGCCCAUCACGUCCAUUUUGAGCCCUACAAUGAGUACACUCAACCAGGCCAGCAGGGACCACCACCCGUCCCCUUAGUUGCUCCCUAUGACACUGGGGCAACACCUCCAGGCGGAUAUUAUGGACCUGGAGACUCGCUCUCUCGGCCUUCCCGACAACCUGUGAGAGCAAGACAUAUUGUUGGACGCUCAGCAUCACCGACACCUGCGUCUUCUCCCAGUAGGCUCAAAAACAAGCGUCGGCAUAAGACCGUCAAGUUCGAGCAGGACAGUGACGACGAUGUCCUCCAUAACAUCGAUGAGUACUCACCACCGCUACAGUCUCAUGCUCCUCCUGCAGAGACCUUGUCCCCUGGCGCGGACGACGACGAAUCGGAUGAGGAUCGGAGCGACGAGUUACGAUCCAACUCUACCGUCGAAGGUGCUUACAGGUCUGCGCGAGGAGCCUCCACUGUCAGAAGCUACGGGUCUUCAAGAUUCAGGGCUACGCCAGCUCUAGUAACUGAAGAGUCUGGGUCGUCUGCCUACUCCUUCGCUGCGUCCUUCCGGGCAGCAAGGGCGGCAUCGAUUGGAGGUUCAGCAGACGGGGAGCAGAGCGAGGAUCUGGAUGCGACCCCGAGCCAACCAUCGCCAAGGGAUGAUCAGAAUUCCGAAGUAGCCCACAUUCUUGCCUCGUUCUAUACUGGCGAAGGAUACACAGUUGCCGAAGGUCACCACUCAGCAGGCUUGCUGAUGGCCGCAAACCCAGCCCAGCUACGGCACCUUCAGCCACUAUAUCGUUGGAUGCAUCUUACCCGACCUUUAAUGUCCCUGGAAGACCUUUCGAACCAGGUCGCGCGCCUCUCCGUCCUGACAGGCAUCGAAAGGAAGGCAGUCAACGAUAUCCUCUUCCGUCUCAAACAGUCAUCCGUCAAGUUGAUUCAGACCUCGAGCGGGAAGCCCGUACAGCACAUGGAACCGGGCUGUUUCGAUUACGUUUUGCCUCACGAUAGCGGUGUUGGAGGGCAAACUCGUACGACCCGGAGCGUGACCUGGAUUUGCCUGCCAUAUUUUAGCCUCGAGCCAUACUCUGGCCUCCUCUCUGGUGCUGAAAACUCAUCAGCGUUUCCGAUCCAGACCUUACUGCAGGCUCAAUUCUCUCGGACUGCCAAAGAACGCGACAUGCAACAAGCAGUACGACAAGUUGCCAAGGCCGGCCCGGGCCUCUGUUUUCACAUUUCGCAGCUUUGGUGCAUCAUCAUAAACAACUCAUUCGUGAUCACGUACGGCAGAAUGUCCGAAGAUGUACUAUGCGGCAACUCCAUUACAAAGUCCGUCAAAGCCCUGAGUAGUCUUUCCGAGGAGCAAUCCCAGCAAAAGUUUUGGGUCAGAUUCGGUGGUAAUGUUAUGUGGACUUUGCCGGUAAAGGAUUGUCAGACAUGGUUUAGCUUCGUUUCCCAUUUUUGGGAGUUCUGGCAUCUGCCCCUCUGCUUCUACCGUAACAAGCGUGUGGUCUGCCCAGAGGACUGGCCGAAAAUCUGGGCGUCAGCAAGUCAGAAACACUCGCAUAGAAUCUCCUUUGAUCUUGAGCUUGGGCCGACGCCCAAGCUUCCGACACCAGGGCGACUCGUGCCAAUCCAACCCCAAUCCGAGCAGACCGAGGGGACCGCAACAGACGAACCCAAAGACAGCGAGGCAACUAGCUCCAAGCAAGAAAACCGGGAUGAGAAGGCAAGGAGGACUACACAGCUACGGACCCCCACUACAAGGACAACAACAGCCAAUUCUCCGAAAGCCUCCGAGUCACCGCCGAGUUCCUCUUUUGCACUUUUUACAUGCCUCGACGACGUUUCGCUGGCCAAAAACGAUACGAUUGACGAAGCCAAACUCGACGAGCGCCUCCAUGAGAUAGAAACAAUCCUGUUGCACGAGACAAGUGUCAGCGAUCAACGUGCAUAUAAACGCUGCCCAAGCGCCAACCGCCUCUCCAUUUAUCAUAUGCUUGAACAUGAGCAGCAAGAGAUAGUCCACCCCGAAAGGAGGAUACGCUCAUCCAACCCGCAGGACUACGAAAUACGGGCCGACAUAUUCAACUUGGCCGACAUGAUUUUCAGGUUCUUUUUUCCCGGCACAACCGAAACCCCCAUGGCGUCCAAAUUCUGGGGUGCCGUAAGAAAUCAAGUCAAGCAGCAUGACGACGAGGGCGUGGCCGACGAUCGAUACCAACUACGAGCUGUACUCAAAGAGCUUGCCGUCAUGAUACUCUACUUCACAGAAACGUUUCUACAUGCGCAACAUGCGGAUCGUGUUCAAAUCCACGUGCCCGACCAGCUAAUUGAUGGCUGGCUCCAUCUCCUUUUGGGCCUAUCGUACAUGUCAACGGAUCCGGAGAGAGCAUCCACCUUCCUGGAUGUUCAUGCCAAACCUCUUAUCAGCCAAGGUCUCAACGCCAUUGUAAAAGACAUGGCUAAAAAGCCCCUUCUUGAGAAGUCCGUCGUUCUUCCCCAGGAACUAGUCUCAUUGAUGAGUAUGAAGCUUCUCACGGACGUUACUCCUGGUCUACCGAACAUCAGCCAGACGUAUUCUGCGUAUUUGAGUGCCAUUGAAUCAGACAUCACCGGCAAGCAGUCCGAUCGAUCACACGAACAGCGCCUCGACCUGCUUGACCAAGAACUAUUGGUAGUACAGAAGACUGUCAAGUCGCAACGCGACAUCUUCGAGCGUUUGGAAAGGUACAGCCAACAGUCUGCCUACAAAAUGCCAGCAUCGGCCCGUUCCCGGGUGGCACCCAUACAAGGCCCACCACAACCGGUAUACUACUCAGGAGCACCGAGAGGGGCUCAAUCGGAGCGCAAUAUUUAUAGGCAGUAUAAUCAUUACGAACAACCACGAUUGAGGUCGGCACGCGGCUAUGGGCAACAGGAACAAGGACAGUACUACGAGCCUCCACCUUUCUACGUCGAAGAAGUUCCCGGCUCGAUGACAGAGGAAUCGAAGCAGCUCUCUGCACGAGAUCCAGGUGGCUUCCGUCAACUGUUCCUCAACGAAUGUAUCCUGCAACUUGACCAGCGCGAGCGGGAGUUUGAGGAGUACGAGCUUCACUCCAAACAGCUGAGGGUUAUGAAUCGUAACAAAGUGGACAUUAAGAAGGACCGCCAAGAGCGUCUCAUAUAUGCCUUCACGGUGGUCACUAUCAUUUUCCUGCCUCUGUCGGCCGUCUCGAGCAUAUUCGGCAUGAACACCAGUGACAUUCGCGACAUGGAAGUUGGGCAAUGGGCUUACUGGGCCGUUGCCAUUCCUGUCACCGCAGCAGUUCUCUUCCUCGGCUUUCUCUUCACCGGCGACCUUGGAGCAGUCUUCCGUUGGGUUUCCAGGAUCAGUGGAAGUGGCAUGUCGUCUUUGCCAGGAUCCGGUUUCCAGGGCAAACUUCCUUCUCUGGGAUCCGGUACUGAGAAGUGGCGAAUUAAGAAGCCUGGCCAGAUGGGCUUGGGAAGUGGCCCAGGAGAGGAUGAUUACGGGGAGCAGGAGAUUGAGUAUGUCAUGCCAAGAAGGUCCGAGAACCUGAGGCGGAGGUCGUAUACUCCCUAUGAGACUGGAGAUUAUCCAAGUGCCUAUUUACGUUAUGAAAGGGGAGAGGUGACUAGGCCCGGGCAACGGGGAGAGAAAUGGGGAUUGCCAUAUUGA